AUGGCCGAAUUCUUCCGUGACUCUUUGAAUCCUGAACAGUACUACGAUGGUCUGACGGGCGCUCAAGGAUCUCUUCGGGAUAAGUUCAAAGACAUCGAUGAUAACACCAACUUCCGAACUUAUAUGCAUUUGUUGGAGAAAUCAGAGACACAAAACUUUGUCCUGGACUUUGGAAAUGAAGAUGCAUACUGUGCGACUGAUCUAGUCUCUGUGGACUUUAAAGCAUUGUUGAGUCAACCGCGAUCUAAAUGUUUUGGCACACGAUGGAUUCACCUAUGGGCUCCAGAGGAACAAACCGAGACCAUCAAGGUAAUCAUGUCUUUGUACGGUCUCUCGGAACGAUUACAAGGCUUGAUGUCCGCGCCGGUCUGUUCACCAGUCCAAACAGCCACAGCACCAAAUAAGCGACGGUCGCGGACGCGCGAUGUUGACUUAGAUCAUGAAUUCAAUGAUUUGGAGAAUGCACUUGCGUUGAAGAACUUGAAUCUACGCGAGCAUGAGGGCCUCCACGAUACCUCAUCCUUCAAGCACUUGACCUUUUCGCAAGUUACCAACCAGAUCUGGCAUUUUUCCUCCGUCGACCACGGUCCGCGAUAUACCUGCAUUGGCUAUAAUACGUUGUUUGUGACCCCUGGUGUGCCCAAAGAAACAAAUGAAAAUGGAAAAGACUUGCCCGAUGGCAAACGACUCUGGAACUGGCUGGUCCUUUGUGACGACGGCACAAUCAUCUCCAUGCAGGAAAAUCCAUUCCCUCGGCAGAAGGGAGCGUUGCAGGCGGAGCAGAUCAAAUUGCUGGACAUAGUGCGACGAAACGUCCGCUUCAUCGUCUCAGGGGUUUCGAAGCAACGCUUGAGCAUGUCAGAAAGUGAUUCACUCGUGACUAUCCGAGUUCGGCAUUUCAAUGAUGUUGGGCUGGAUCAAGCAGACAUCAAACAGGAAGACGGUCCGAGUUUGCUCUACUAUUAUAUAUUUGAUGAUUGGGUCUCCAGUUACGGUCUGAUUGCCAAACGAGAGCACCAAUACGGCGUCGCCCUGGAACGAUUGAGAAGCCAAAUGCUAGAACGCCCGGUUGUGGAGCUGGUUGAUGAGCUGCACUGGCUGGGUCGACGGCUGGCGGUUCUAAAGCGGCUGUACCAGAGCUACGAACUGAUAAUGCGACGAAUCCUGCAGCACCAGCGCCUGCUUCGUGAUGAGGCCCGGUCGGCCCAUCCACCGCCAUUAGCGUUUGGCGCCACAGUUGGAGACAUCGAGUUCGCCGACAUGCGACAGGGAAGUGUGGUCAGCAUCGGCAGCUCUCCAGAAGCCAAGGACAAGCCGGUAGGAGUGAUCCUGAGCUCGGCUGCGGUGGCAAGAUUCGAAAGACUCGUCGACCGUAUUAAUCUUUACUGCUUGAGCGAGAUCGAAUCCUGUCUACUGGAGAAGGAAUCCUUGACAUUCUUAAACUUUAACUUGAUAGCUUUGAAAGACUCACAAGCUGUGGAGAAACUCACGCGGAUCACCAUUCUAUUGGCCAAAGCAACCAUGUUGUUCUUGCCUGUCAGUCUCAUGACGGCCUACUUCUCCACUGAGCUGCAGGGGGUUAAGGGAGGUUAUUCAAAAGUGGAUUACUGGGCCAGCUUUGCGGUCAUCUUCUUCUUGACCCUGAUUCUCCUAACGAUCUUUGGAUUUGCCAGUGAUACCGUAGAGGGGAAAACAAUCUACAGGUCCCUUGUGAAAAGCUUCUUCCGUUCAUCACGACAGAGGAUCUCAAUACCGCGACGAAAGUGA